UAUUCCGCAUCCUUCUCUUUGGGGUUUGUUUUGGUGUUCUUUUUUAGGUCUUGAGGUUGAAAUUCGAUAACUGCUUUGGUUUGUUCAGGAGUCCUCUCUGAUUGAAACAAUUUUGACAAGGUUUGAAAAAAAAAAGAAACUUGGAUUGCAGAAGAUAAAGGAAGAAAAUUUCAAUUAUGCGAUCUUCCUGGGCCGAUUCUGUUGCGAACUCUGCAUCUGAGAAUUCAGCUGCUGGUUCUUCUCUCAAUAACAACAACAACAUUAAUUCUCGAUCUUCUUACGUUCCACCACAUCUUCGUAAUAGACCUCCUCCUUCGGAAAAUCCUUCUCCUGCAGUAUCAGGUUUUCCUGGUAAUUCAACUGGUAAUGAUAGAUCUGGUUACAGUGGUGUUGCUCCUCCUCCGGCUGGAGGUUCCCGAUGGGGUGCUCCUAGGCAGGCUGAUUUAGGGCAAACUGGUUAUGGUGGUGGUGGUGGUGGCCGCAUUGGUGGUGGUGGUGGUGGUUGGAAUAACAGAAGUGGUGGUUGGGAUCGAGGAAGAGAUCGAGAGGUUAAUCCUUUUGGACCAGAUGAAGAAAUUGAUGUUCCAGAGGAAACUACGGAAAAUACUGGUAUUAAUUUUGAUGCUUACGAAGAUAUUCCCGUGGAAACCAGUGGUGAAAAUGUUCCACCACCUGUUAAUACUUUUGCAGAUAUAGAUUUAGGUGAAGCCCUAAAUCUUAAUAUUAAGAGAUGCAAAUAUGUUAAACCUACACCUGUUCAACGACAUACUAUUCCUAUUUCUCUUGCUGGUAGAGAUUUGAUGGCUUGUGCACAAACUGGGUCUGGGAAAACAGCUGCUUUUUGUUUUCCAAUUAUCAGUGGUAUCAUGACUGGACAGGCUGCACAGAGACCACGAGGUGCUCGGACGGUUUAUCCAUUAGCACUUAUCCUCUCCCCUACUCGGGAGCUGUCAUGCCAGAUACACGAGGAAGCCCGUAAAUUCUCUUAUCAAACUGGUGUUAGGGUUGUUGUUGCUUAUGGAGGCGCACCAAUCAAUCAACAGCUGAGAGAGCUGGAGAGAGGUGUUGAUAUUCUUGUGGCCACCCCAGGGAGAUUGGUAGACUUGCUGGAAAGGGCUAGGGUGUCAUUGCAGAUGAUCAGGUAUUUGGCUCUAGAUGAGGCUGACAGAAUGUUGGACAUGGGUUUUGAGCCACAAAUUAGAAAGAUCGUUGAACAAAUGGACAUGCCUCCACGAGGUGCAAGGCAGACCAUGCUCUUUAGUGCCACCUUUCCAAGAGAGAUACAGAGAUUGGCCUCUGACUUCCUCUCGAAUUACAUUUUCCUCGCUGUUGGAAGGGUUGGUUCAAGUACUGAUUUGAUCGUCCAAAGAGUUGAAUUUGUUCUGGAUUCAGACAAGAGGAGCCAUCUAAUGGAUCUUCUUCAUGCACAGAAGGCAAAUGGAGCUCAGGGGAAGGUACAAGCUCUGACUUUAGUUUUCGUGGAGACAAAGAAAGGAGCCGAUUCAUUGGAACAUUGGCUGUGUAUGAAUGGGUUCCCUGCUACUACUAUUCAUGGGGAUAGAACCCAACAGGAAAGGGAAUAUGCGCUGAGGUCUUUUAAAAGUGGGACGACUCCUAUAUUGGUUGCAACAGAUGUUGCAGCACGUGGUCUUGAUAUCCCUCAUGUUGCACAUGUUGUCAAUUUUGAUCUUCCCAACGAUAUUGACGACUAUGUGCACCGAAUAGGGCGUACUGGAAGAGCAGGUAAGUCAGGGCUGGCAACUGCAUUUUUCAACGAGAACAACUCAUCUAUGGCAAGGUCACUGGCAGAUCUGAUGCAAGAAUCUAACCAAGAAGUUCCUGCUUGGCUCUCCCGUUACGCCGCUCGCUCUACUUUUGGUGGGGGGAAGAACCGCCGCUCAGGUGCAGGUCGUUUUGGUGGUCGUGACUUCCGAAGGGAAUCCUCCUAUGGUAGAGGUGGUGGUGCAGAUUAUCACGGUGGAGGCAACAGUGGUGGUGGAUAUGGUGCACCUUCUAGUGGAUAUGGAGGUGGUAGUGGAUAUGGAGGUGGUGGCGGAUAUAGUGGUGGAGGUGCCAGCAGUGCCUGGGAUUAGCAGGCAGUCUGCUUAGUGGUGCUAUAGGGUUCUCUAAGAAUAUAUAUUUUUGGGGCAAGGGAGUGUACUACAUUUUUUUCUUCUCCCUUAUCGUGGGUCGAUGAUGAUAACGAUGAUUUCAUGGUCUUUUCCCUCUAUCUAUCUCUCUUUUUCUUUUUCUCUUCAUUUUUCAUUAUACAAAGUAUGUAAUGUCGGGUCUCAGGGUAAGUGUUUUUGGAUUGUUGAUGGGUGGAGAAGGGUUCUGUUAGGAGGGUGUGGGGAGAUAGCACACCAACGUCCCCAAUUAAGCAAGGUGAGUAAAAGAAUUUAGUAGUAACUAGUGGUGUUUGGGGGUAGUGGUGGUUCUGAUAAAUCAAAUUGUACUAACACAUGAGAAAAUUUUGUUUCUCCCAUUCUCUGUAUCAUACUAUACCUUUUCUAUAACCAUUCAUGUUCAUACACUUA